AUGCAAUAUCAGAUUCAAUAAAUUCGUUAACAUUUCAGCUCCAUAGAUCGCAAAUUCCAUCCUAUCCCUGCAUUUGUUGUGACUAGACCUUUAUUUGCUUGUCGAUCCCUUUCUCCUUCCUUCUACAAGUUACGCUCCAAGACACUAUGUACUCCACUCUCUUACUCAGUUAUGAAAAUUAAUCCUACACCUUAAAGAGAAAAUAAGUUUACAUUCAGAGGGACUGAAAAUACUCCAAGUAGAGAAACUCCUAUCAAAGAAUUAAAUGAGAUCAAAUUAACUAAAGUGCAUUCAACACAUGAAAAAAUAAUGAGUGAAUCACAAGAACGGUUCUAUCAAUAAAAGAGACAAUCUAAUAUCAAAAAUAAAAGCAAAGAAAAGUCAGGUCAUAAAAAUUUAUCGCCUGUACCUGUGCAAUUUAAAAUUUUGGAUAUGUCUAAAGUUUAGGAGAAAUAAGAAUAAUAGUAACUAUUUCCAAAGGCAAGUUCAAAACGUUAUAUGGAGUCUAACAACUAAGGAGAUCAAACAGAUAAAAGUGAGUAAUUACAAUAGUAUUAUGAAUAACCAAUAUCGAAAGAAGUGUUCAAUAUCUUAAAUCAGAACUAAUAAUAAUACCAAUAGAAACUAUCAGAUAAUAAUGAUAUUGAAUAAGAAAUUAAAGAUUUACCUGAAAUAUCAUAUCCAGAAGAAACUCAACAAUAAUAAUAAUCAAGACUAAAAUUAUGGGCUUGUAAUCCUAAUGAUACUUAUAGAUAAAUAAUGGGAAGAAAGAAUAAUCAUAAAAAGAGUUCUAAGAAAAGUCCAACUAAAACUCCAAAAUCCCCAAAAAAAUAACAUAUUAUUUAUUAUAACCAGAUCUAUUUAUAUAAACCAAGAGAGAAUAAUAAAUAAAAUAGCUCAAAACUUUCUUAUAAUUCUUCAUAAAAAUAGAUUAGUCCAAGAAAACAAAGUAAAUAAAUUUCAUAUAUACUUACAACUCCAAGUAAAAGAAAUACAAGAAUUCCACAUUAAUCAAAUGAAGAUGAAGAAAUUGAAGUCAUAAAUUUAGCUCCUGAAUUUUCUAAAUUAAUUUGA